AUGCCUCGCCAGCAAGUAUACGGAAAACGCUCUCGAGCAAUAUACGAUGCCCUCCCAGCACCGCUUUCGAGCCCGGAACAACAACUGCCAAAGCCAGUCAGGACCAAGAAGUCGAGUGCAGCACCGAAAGAGGUAGAGCGAAAGCAAGAAGCGAACGUUGCAGUAAGGAGGUCACCGCGGAAAGCACUUGGCGAGAAGAGUCAUAAUGCAGUAGUACUGCCGGUCGAGGCAGUGCGAUAUGCGAAAGGGACGAAUCAGCCUCGAGUAAAGCGGAAAGGACACAUCGUGUGGGACAGUGAGGAUGAGGAAGAAGAAAUUAAGCCGGUACAGGAGCGAGACCAGGUGGAAGAGGAAGAUCUUCUGAGUGGUAUAAAGUCGUUGAAGUUGGACACCGCGACCGCAGCCCUGGAAUUCGAUGCCCUCGAGCAAGCUACGAAAUGCAUGGGAGGUCUCUCGUUACAUCCGCACAAUUCAGAACCCUCGACGAUCGAGUUGGAGCAGUCUACCCCGUUAGAGCCGUCAGCAGAUUCUCUCAAUGAGUACGAAGAGCAUUGCGGCACACUGCUGGACCUUUCAUCACAUCCCUUGACCUGCUUCGAGACGUGGUCGGAACAGCUCUCGGAACACUUCGCCGUGACCAAGAUAGCUGAGGCAUCGUUUGGCGAGGUAUAUCGACUGAGCCUUCACGAAGAUAUGUCGGCUUUCGCCAGCACAGACGAAUCAGUCUUUAAGGUCAUCCCUCUCAAGGCACCAGAAAGCACUCUCCCGGUGGACAAACGGAAAAGGAAGGCUGCAAUGACCAAGCAAGACAACAUGACCGCACCGGGCGACGUUGCUACAGAAGUCAAAGUCCUUCAGCGAAUGAGCGCAAUACCAGGCUUCACCAACUUUCGAGACGUGCGAAUACUACAAGGACGACCGCCGGCAGCCUUUGCUCAAGCCUUCAAGAAUUGGAACACAGCCCAAAGAAGAAAGAAGAAGGAUCUCAGUCAUUUUCCGGACCCCUCAAAGAAGACCAGCUACACCGACGAUCAGCUCUGGGCCGUGAUAGAGAUGCAAGACGCCGGCACAGACCUCGAACGCCUCGUAGAAGAAGGCCUGACCACCUCAAUCUUGAGCAUUUGGGAUAUCUUCUGGCAAGUCGUCCUCACGCUCGCAAAAGGCGAAGAAGGCGCCGAAUUCGAACAUCGCGACUUGCAUCUCGGCAACAUCUGCGUUCGCUCCUCAACCCCAUCCUCGACCGAGGAGAUAGACCCAACCCGGCACCUCAACUUCACCUCGCACGAAACAACAAUUAUAGACUACACCAUCUCCCGAUGCCUCAUGUCUCCACCCACCAACGAAAUCGCCUACCAAGACCUCACCCGCGACCCCGCCAUCUUCGAGGGCGAUAGUACAGAUGAAUAUCAAUACGAUAUAUACCGCUACAUGCGCGGCGCGCUCUACUUCGACGAAGCACUCGCAGACUGCCACAAGCUCCAGACCGAGAUGGACGCCAGUGGAAGGACUUGGGAACAGUAUCAUCCUCAGACGAAUCUUGUGUGGUUACAUCUGAUUCUGUAUAAAUUGCUCGAACAGAUCGAAAGGCCUAGUCAACAGAAAGCGCCGAGCAAGAAGAGGAAAGAGGAGUACGCGGUCUGGAAGAGAGGGAAGGAGCUGGAGAAGGUUUUACUGAAGGUACAGGAUUUCUUGGAUCCUGCCUCGAUCAUUGCCAAUGGGAUCUGUUCCGCUGGAGACCUUGUGGUUCUUGCGUUGCAGGAGGAGUGGCUUGGUGUCGAGGAUGUGGUAGGACAUCAUUGCGGCGGGGACGAGUCUGCUCUCAUAUCGCAAUUGGACGGGUUGGAGUUGUGA